AGUAGAUGAUAGGGAGGGGCGGGUCUUGGGAACCGUCUUGUGGUUGGGGGGUGGGGGGGAAAGAUGGCGGAGCUCAUGCUCCUCAGUGAGAUUGCGGAUCCGACGCGUUUUUUCACCGACAACUUGCUGAGCCCGGACGACUGGGACAGCACCUUGUACACCGGUCUUGAUGAAGUGGCUGAGGAGCAGACUCAGCUCUUCCGCUGCCCGGAGCAGGAUGUCCCGUUUGAGAGCAACUCCCUGGAUGUGGGGAUGGAUGUCAGUCCCCCUGAGCCCCCCUGGGACUCCCUGCCUAUUUUCCCAGAUCUUCAGGUGAAGUCUGAACCAUCCUCCCCCUGCUCCUCUUCCUCCCUCAGUUCUGAAUCAUCACAUCUUUCCACAGAGCCCUCCAGACAGGCCCUCGGUGUAAGGGAGGUGUUAGUUGUAAAGACGGAAUCCUUGGCACCCCCACUCUGCCUCCUGGGAGAUGAUCCAACAUCCCCAUUUGAAACCAUCCAGAUCAGCGUGGGCCCUAGCUCUGAUGAUCCCACAGAUGUCCAGACCAAGAUAGAACCUGUCUCCCCGUCGUCCUCCAUCAACUCUGAGGCUUCCUUGCUCUCAGCUGAGACCCCCAACCAGGUUUUUAUAGGAGAUGAGGUACUGGAAGUGAAGACAGAGUCUCCAUCCCCUCAAGCAUGUCUCCUGCAGGAUGUCCCAAGCCCCCCACUUGGAACUGUCCACAUCAGCAUGGGCACAUCCCCUGAUGGCUCCUCAGGCAAAGCCCUGCCGGCCCGGAAGCCACCACUGCAGCCCAAACCUGUGGUGAUAACCACUGUCCCGAUGCCACCCAGAGCUGUGCCUCCCAGCACCACCAUCCUUUUGCAGCCCCUUGUCCAGCCACCCCCAGUGUCCCCAGUUGUCCUCAUCCAAGGUGCUAUUCGAGUCCAGCCUGAGGGGCCAGCCCCUGCUGCUCCACGGCCUGAGAGGAAGAGCAUUGUUCCGGCUCCUAUGCCUGGGAACUCCUGCCCACCUGAAGUGGAUACCAAGCUACUGAAGCGGCAGCAGCGAAUGAUCAAGAACCGGGAGUCCGCCUGCCAAUCGCGGAGGAAAAAGAAAGAGUAUCUGCAGGGGCUGGAGGCUCGGCUGCAAGCCGUGCUGGCUGACAAUCAGCAGCUCCGCCGGGAGAAUGCUGUCCUCCGGCGGCGGCUGGAGGCCCUGCUGGAAGAGAACAGCGAGCUCAAGUUAGGGUCUGGAAACAGGAAGGUGGUCUGCAUCAUGGUCUUCCUUCUCUUCAUUGCCUUCAAUUUUGGGCCUGUCAGCAUCAGUGAGCCUCCUCUGGCUCACGUCUCUCCUCAGAUGAGUGGAGAGCAGCCUCGACCCCGGCGACACUUGCUGGAGUUCUCAGCACAGGAGUCAGUUCUUGGAGUUGAAGCCCUCCGGGGCUCCUCCCUGCGACCCGAGGAGUCCCAGCCCAGCCCCGCAGGCCGGCCAAGUUUCAGGAACCUGACAGCCUUCCCCGGGGGCACCAGGGAGCUGCUGCUGAGAGACCUGGACCAGCUCUUCCUCUCCUCUGAUUGCCGGCACUUCAAUCGAACCGAGUCUCUGAGGCUUGCUGAUGAGCUGAGUGGCUGGGUCCAGCGCCACCAGAGGGGCCGGCGGAAGGUCCCCCAGAGGGCACAGGAGAGACAGAAGUCGCAGCUAUGGAAGAAGUCUCCUCCAGUUAAGGCAGUCCCCACCCAACCACUGGGGCCCCCAGAAAGGGAUUCUGUGGGCCAGCUACAGCUGUAUCGCCACCCAGACCGUUCACAGCCAGAGUUCCUGGAUGCAAUUGACCGACGGGAAGACACAUUUUAUGUUGUGUCCUUCCGAAGGGACCACUUGCUGCUUCCAGCCAUCAGCCACAACAAGACCUCUCGGCCCAAGAUGUCCUUGGUGAUGCCUGCCAUGGCCCCAAAUGAGACCCUGUCAGGCCGGGGGGCCCCAGGGGACUACGAGGAGAUGAUGCAGAUCGAGUGUGAGGUCAUGGACACCAGGGUGAUUCACAUCAAGACCUCCACGGUGCCCCCCUCACUCCGAAAGCAGCCGUCUUCGACCCCAGGCAAUGCCACAAGUGGGCCCCUGCCAGUUUCUGCAGCCAGCCAGGCCCACCAGGCCUCCCGUCAGCCCCUCUACCUCAGUCACCCCUGACCUCUGCAACUUACACCGACUUAGAGAUGGGGGGUGGGAGGUAGGGGUGACCAAAUGGGACUGUUGCUGAGUUCCCAGAUCCCCGGGCUUGGGGCAAUUGGUAAAGGAAAAACAGUGUGGGGGUUAAGCACUUAUUUGAGGGUGAGGGUCCUCACCUCUCUUCUUGCCCCCUUUAGAAUAUAGGGCCCCUCUCAUUUCUCUGAACCCCCAGUCCCCGCUUCUUUCUUUGAGGGUACUGAGUGAAGUUUAAGGAUGCAUGGGCUCCUGCAUACUCCUUAUUCUUUGUUUCUCUGGGGGGAGGUGGGAAUUUAGUCCCCAGGCGGGACAAGGGAUGUUUUUACAUUUUGGCGCUAGUUGCUGGGAGUAAAGGAAGGGUGGUGGAGGGAGAUCAGGUUUAUGUAUGUGCAUAUUUUUCUUUUUAAUAAUAAAUAAACAACUUGGAGGGAGUUGAA